AUGGCAGACAAAAAAUCUACUGGAAUGGAUGUCAACUCUCUUGUUCUCGCUCCUGAGGGCGAUGUGGUAUUGGUCGUAGGUGCGAAACAACUUCGCAUACGGGCGGACUCCCUCUUCCUCAAACGUCAUUCACCGGUCUUUACAGCUCUGUUUGGCCCAAACUUUUGCGAAGGUCAAGAUUUGAAUACCUCAUCGCCAAAGGAGAUUCCUCUGCCAGACGAUGAUCCGGAUGCCAUGACGGCGAUCUGCGCGACAAUGUACCACGCCUUUGAUCAGAUUCCGCGGAGCCCAGCAACAGGCUUUGUUCUCAGUAUAGUCAGACACGCAGAUAAAUACGAUUGUUACGAUGUCCUGACCUUGCCGUCCCAGGCCUAUGGCUGGCUCAAAUCCGAUAACUUGACUCUCGGUAAAGAUCUGGUAAAUACUCUCGCCAUAUCGUAUCUGGUCAGAGAUCAGGAAGCGUUUACAAAUGCGUCGAAAGCCUUGGUCUCGAAGUAUGAUGGAUCAUUUGCAGAUCUCGCCGACAAUGUAAUUUGUGACGUUCUGCCUUGGAAGACAUUCUGCAGAUUGGAGGAGCUUCGAACCCGUAUACAAACACUCGCAGCCAGUAUCGUAGUAUCAGCUUUACCUAAACCCAAUUACAGCGGCUACGGAUACACAAAGUACCAUUCUCCUGAAUGCUCCAAACUCGCGGAAGGGCUUCAAGAAAAAUUAAGGAAAGAUCUGUCAAUGGAAGCGCAACAAGAACGGGAGCAGAAUGAUCGCAAGUACUCAUAUAGGAAAUUUCCGCGUCCGCCAGCAACUUGGCAGCCGGAAAUCGGGCCUUUGCUUGAGAAAUUGCAGGAACUGGCGAAAGCCUGCAAGGGAUGCAAGAAAAGUGUGGAAGCUUCCCAGCUGCACACAUUUGGACUUAGAUUGGCAGGCAAUGACCUCAGGCAGGUUGCUAUGUUACCCGAAUGGUACUGGGGCUUGAAAUUGACCCAUUGA